AUGUCCAUGACUUUCCCAUGGUUCAUUGCACUUCUUUUACACAUGACCUUUUCAGCAUCGUGUGCCUUGUUGGGCGAAGCGUGUUCGAGAACAGUGUUCUACAAAUGCUGUCAUUCGACCGUUUGUUCACUAGUUUACCCUUUUGUCGGUGUAUGCGUCCCGUGUUUCUCGAAAGGAACCAUGUGUUUGAACGGUGACGAGUGUUGUGACGCUUCCCAUGAGAGCUGCUCAAGCGUUGGCUCCCUCUGUGUUUGGACUCCACUCAACAACUGCUGUGAUGGGCUGGUAUGUGAACUACAGGGUCCAAUCUAUGGGCGUUGUGAAGGAUGCCUAAGUUCAGGCAACUUCUGUGUCGAUCAUCAACAGUGUUGUAACAGCAACUGCUAUUAUUUCGCUUGCUUGUAA